AUGAUCAUUAGGAAACCAAAAGGAAGAGUAGCAAAUAAAAGAAAGUAUGAAUCAUUGUUGGAUUUACCAGAUGAUUUAUGGGAGAACAUAUUAAUGAGGUUGGCUGCUAUAGAGAGACUGACGAUUGCACAACAAGUGUGCACUACAUGGAGACGAGUGCUCAAAGAACCUACAAUGUGGCAUGUCAUUGACAUGUCUGAUGUUCGGGGCCUCCCUGACUCCAAAGUGGUCCAACAUGUGUGCCGUGAAGGAGUUGAUCGCAGCCAAGGUGAACUUGUUGAUAUCAGAAUUGACUUCUUCGCUACCAAAGAGUUGCUUGUUUAUGUAGCGAACAGUGUAAAACCAGGUAACCAAAGAAAUGUUGAGGCUCUAGCUAUUUCUAAAAGCCUGCCUGCUUUGAGCCACCUUCAUCUCAUUAGAAAUAGUAUGACAAAUAUAGGCCUUGAAGCUAUUCUUGAUGGUUGUCCUAAUCUUGAAUCACUUGACCUACGGGGGUGCUUCAAUGUUAGUCUCGAUAAAAUCUUGAGUAGUAGAAUUUCUAAACAGAUUAAGGACGUGAAGUACCCUCGUGACUCUCUAGCUGGUUUGUAA